CCCAGCCAUGGACGCAUAUCGACUCGUUACGCUUUAUCUGGGCCUGCUCCUUGUUUUCCUUGGGAAUAUACCGUGUUUCCAGUCUGCUGCUAUCAUCUCUCCCUCUGCGCCCAGGAGGAACAGGGGAGCCCGGAUCUCUCAUCGGGACGGACAAAGGUCAUCCAAAACCCUAAAAGACAUCUUCGCGUCCACGCACCCCAUCGUGGGACACCACAAAGAAGACCCAAAGGACUCUAUUGUGCCGCAUGAAUACAUGCUCUCCAUAUACAGGACAUACUCGGCUGCAGAGAAGCUCGGACUUAACGCAAGCUUUUUCCGCUCCUCUAAAUCUGCCAACACCAUAACAAGUUUUGUGGACAGAGGAACAGACGAUCUUUUGCACUCUCCUCUGCGAAGACAAAAGUAUCUGUUUGAUGUCUCAACCCUUUCAGACAAAGAGGAGCUGGUCGGGGCGGAAUUAAGGAUAUUCCGGAGAGGGCCCGGGGACCUGCAGACUUCCCUGCAGACGGCGGGCCUCUACGACAUCCAGCUGUACCCCUGCCGCUCGGACAGGCUGCUGGACUCCCGGGCCCUGGACCCAAUGGACUCCACCAAGGCCGGGUGGGAAGUCCUGGACGCGUGGGAUAUGUUCAAAGCGCACCAGCAUCACUACCAUCAGCCGCAUCACCAGGGGGGCCAGCUCUGCUUCCAGCUGCGCGUCACGUUGCGCAAAACGGACACCGAGGUGGACCUGAGGCAGCUGGGUCUGGGCAGGAGGGGCCGGCCCCAGCAGGAGAAGGCCAUCCUGGUGGCCUACACGCGCUCCAAGAAGAGGGAGAACCUGUUCAACGAGAUGAAGGAGAAGAUCAAGUCGCGGGGGGAGAACGAGGAAGAAGUAGUGGAGAAAGGAGCGUCCUUGCUGGGGGUGAAAGGAGACGGGCCCCGGCGGCGGAGGAGGACCGCGCUCAGCAACCGGCACGGGAAGAGGCACGGCAAGAAAUCCAAAUCCCGGUGCAGCAAAAAGGCGCUGCACGUGAAUUUCAAGGAGCUCGGGUGGGACGAUUGGAUCAUCGCGCCUCUGGAUUACGAGGCGUACCACUGCGAGGGGGUGUGCGACUUCCCCCUGAGGUCUCACCUGGAGCCCACCAACCACGCCAUCAUACAGACGCUCAUGAACUCCAUGGACCCCAACAGCACCCCGCCGAGCUGCUGCGUGCCCACCAAACUCAGCCCCAUCAGCAUCCUGUACAUAGACUCGGGCAAUAACGUGGUGUACAAACAGUACGAGGACAUGGUGGUGGAGCAGUGCGGGUGCAGGUAGCGCUCGCUAGAUAAACACUUCAAAAAGAUGGGUCCCAGGUUGAAGAGAAAGUCAAAAGGGAUGCACACAGAGGCGAUAUCUGCUAUUUAUUCAGUACAGUCACAAUCAUUCACUGCCUUAACGUGCCUUGGUUCCCAUCCGCGAGUUAUCAACAGGCUUUUGUUUCCCAGAGACGUGUCCAUAUGGCACGCGGGAUGGGUACAAGGCGGGAUGGGAGCCCAUUGACUGUGCACCUGUUCGUGCCGGGGCCAGGGGACAGUGGGCUCCGCGCUUUGUUCGCAGCUCUGCCGUGUGAUCCUGCAUGCCAGGCCAGACUCUUUUGGGUAUGUGCAUCCAGGCCGUAAUUGCCACCGUCCAGCUGGAGUCAUUACAGGCCCCGAGGAAGUGCCUGUUUUCCAAUAAAAGGGUCUACCAAACACACACUCUCACACACACAGACUGGUCCGAGGAGAGGAGAUAAGAUGGUGGUGCCUUCAAGAGAUUUGUUUUGCCUUACACGAGACCAGGAAAAGGACACAGAAUCAGACAUUGUGCCUGUUGUAAAAAAAAAGUAGAAAGUAAAAAAGCACACAUACUGAGGCGAACUUCUUUACGCAAAAGUCUGCAUCUUUACGAAAUGCACUUCCACAACUGACUGAGGACCCGCGGUCAGCGAGAGUUCGUCUGAUAAGGACGGAAUUAUAAGAAAUAAAGACUCAGAACGAGACAAUAUUUAAAUGCACAUUAGCUUUGAAUGCACUGCUGUUCAUUUUUUUUCCUUUUUUGAGCUGUAAAUAUUUUGUACAGUCGAAAACUUUACUAAGUGCAACGAUUGAAGAAAUGAGAACGCGGCAUUUCUUUGUAAAUAUACAAAAUGCACUCAAAUCGGUAUAAUUUCUAUUCUAUUAUUAUUUUAUUAUUUGUGAUGUACAGAGUUCCAUGAUAAUCAUAUAUUUCUUACGUUGAUAAGAGUAAUUUAAGGUGUAUUCGAUAUUUUUUUUUGCAGAGGGUGGAAAAUACCAUUAUUAAUGUCUACCUCAUAAUUACAUAUAGGAUCUGAGUUUUGAGGUGCAUUCAGUUAGAGUGUAAAGAGCUUUUACAAUGAUAUAUAAGAUCAUUUAUAUACAUAUAUUACUGGAUAAUAUUCCACACCAUUACUGUACAAAUAAAA